AUGUCUACUGGACGAUCAGAGCGACGCACACUCACAAUGCCUGUAACGGCUCGGAACACAAGAAAACAACCCCGGAGGCAGGCUGCGGCUCUACCGACCGAAACAUCGCGAGGCUCGAAAGACGAUGCUUUGCUAGAGUUUCGGAAUAGGAGAGUAGCGAGGCAGCUGGCAGAGCUCGAGCGUACCAACGCCCAAGAUGUCCCUGCCACUUCCUUUGCCUCACCCAUCUCGCUACAGGAGACAAUCAAACCCACAAAGGCUGCGCCGGCCGGUCUACCUGCUUCGCUCGCAAUGAUAGACGACACGAAGAAGAAUAAAAAGAAGCAGACUACCAACGUCCGUAAUCUCCUCAUGUAUAAGAAAUCACUUGCGGAAUACCUUGACGAGCUACCGGAAGAUCAUCCUUAUUUCAACGCGACGCCACCCGCAUCUAAGGUGCCAGCGAGGAAGAUCUGCAGCUCGUGCGGAUAUACAGGAGCCUAUUCGUGUGGCCGAUGCGGGGAAUACAGCUGUUCACGUCCUUGUCUAGACGUACACGAAGCGGAAGGAGGUUGCGGGAUCGGUCGAUAAUGCGACCUCUUGUGCUGGAUUGGGGCCGUGUAACAACUUUGACGAAAUUUGACGACAGCUCGGAGAAGACUAGGAGAGCAGACCAUAAAUUGAUUCGCCAUGGAAAUAGAUAAUGCAAAAGGAACGAAAUCAA